UGACCCACUUCCGGCAGGUGACGCAAUUCCGCUUUGCUGGGCGCGCGGUGGACGGUCUGAAACCUAGAGCGCGGCUUUCGCUGGGGCUUGGCGGCUCCUGGGCCCGGCAUGGCUUCUUCACGAGCCUCCUCCACGGCACCCAAAACUAAGGCACCCGAUGACUUAGUGGCUCCUGUUGUGAAGAAACCACACAUCUAUUAUGGAAGUUUGGAAGAGAAGGAGAGAGAACGUCUGGCCAAAGGAGAGUCUGGCAUUUUGGGUAAAGAAGGACUGAAAGCAGGAAUUGAAGCAGGAAAUAUUAAUAUAACCUCUGGAGAAGUAUUUGAAAUUGAAGAGCACAUCAGUGAACGGCAGGCAGAAGUAUUGGCUGAGUUUGAAAGAAGGAAGAGAGCCCGGCAAAUCAAUGUUUCCACAGACGACUCAGAGGUCAAGGCUUGCCUUAGAGCCUUAGGGGAACCCAUUACACUUUUUGGAGAGGGCCCUGCUGAAAGAAGAGAAAGAUUAAGAAAUAUCCUCUCAGUGGUUGGUACUGAUGCCUUAAAAAAGACAAAAAAAGAUGAUGAGAAAUCUAAGAAGUCCAAAGAAGAGUAUCAGCAAACCUGGUACCAUGAAGGACCAAAUAGCCUGAAGGUGGCCAGGCUGUGGAUUGCUAAUUAUUCACUGCCCAGGGCAAUGAAACGCUUGGAAGAGGCCCGUCUCCAUAAAGAGAUUCCUGAAACAACUAGGACCUCCCAGAUGCAAGAGCUGCACAAAUCUCUCCGGUCUCUGAAUAACUUCUGCAGUCAGAUUGGGGACGAUCGGCCUAUCUCCUACUGUCACUUUAGUCCUGAUUCCAAAAUGCUGGCCACAGCUUGUUGGAGUGGGCUUUGCAAGCUCUGGUCUGUUCCUGAUUGCAACCUCCUUCACACACUUAGAGGCCAUAACACAAAUGUAGGCGCAAUUGUAUUCCAUCCCAAGUCUACAAUCUCAUUGGACCAAAAAGAUGUCAACCUGGCCUCUUGUGCUGCUGAUGGUUCUGUGAAACUUUGGAGUCUUGACAGUGAUGAACCAGUGGCAGAUAUUGAAGGCCACACAGUACGUGUGGCCCGAGUGAUGUGGCAUCCAUCAGGACGUUUCCUGGGCACUACCUGCUAUGACCGUUCAUGGCGCUUAUGGGAUUUGGAAGCUCAAGAAGAGAUCCUGCAUCAGGAAGGCCACAGCAUGGGUGUGUAUGACAUUGCCUUCCAUCAAGAUGGCUCUUUGGCUGGCACUGGGGGACUGGAUGCAUUUGGUCGUGUUUGGGACCUACGCACAGGACGUUGUAUCAUGUUCCUAGAAGGCCACCUGAAGGAAAUCUAUGGAAUAAAUUUCUCCCCCAAUGGCUACCACAUUGCAACUGGCAGUGGUGACAACACUUGCAAAGUGUGGGACCUACGACAACGACGUUGCGUGUAUACCAUCCCUGCCCAUCAGAAUUUAGUGACUGGAGUCAAAUUUGAACCUAUCCAUGGGAACUUCUUGCUCACUGGUGCCUAUGAUAACACAGCCAAGAUCUGGACCCACCCAGGCUGGUCCCCAUUGAAAACUCUGGCUGGCCAUGAAGGCAAAGUGAUGGGUCUAGACAUUUCUUCUGAUGGACAGCUUAUAGCCACCUGCUCAUAUGACAGGACCUUCAAGCUCUGGAUGGCUGAAUAGACAAGACCGUGGAAGAAGGACUCUAACCUCAGUCUCUCCCUUAGGAGCCAUUUUCCUUAAAAGAAAAGAAUUGAUGUGUUUUGUUCUAUCAUGUUUUCUGCCAAUUACCAUGUAUAGACCCUCAGUAGAUUUGGAUUUUCACGUCAGCCUACUCCCAAGAGGCAGCCCAGUCCUUAGGUGAUGGUGAACUCUUUUCGUGGUUGAAAAUGAAAUUCUCAUCUUCAGGCCCAGCCAUGAACUUCCUAGACAUUUUUUAUUGGUCUUUCUUUGAAUCCUCUCAGCACUCAGGAUUGUGACUACUCUCUGCAUUUUUAAUUCUUGAAACUUGGCUUUCCAUGACAUGGUAUAUGCUUCAGGGCUGCAUGUGAUCCAGUGAGCAAGGUGGCUGGACUAUAUUCUGAAAGUCCUUGAGGAAAGAGACACAUCUCCCCACAUACUGGUUGAACAAUGCCUCACGGCAAGUCCCUGGAGUGGACAGCAGUUAYGCUGAUGUUUAUACACUGAAGCUUUGACCUCUUCCUGUGAAAUUCACUUGGAAUGCCAACUGCAUCAGGAAACUCAGAACUGAACGCUCACCUCAUCAGAAAAUGCCCUCCAUCUUGCUUUGAAGCUUAACAUCCUUCAUACUACCCUAAAGCAAGGUCACUAUGUCAGGAUUCAUAGAAAUUUGUAGAAAGCAAACAUGAUGUCUCUCUUGUACACUCUCCUUGCUAUGGUUAUUUAAAGGAUGUACUUUGUGUAUUAAAAGGUACUUCAUGUCSAAGUAACUGGAAAAAAUCCCUAAUAGGCAUUACUAAACAUAAA